CUGACAAUGUCAUGUCCCAACAAUGUGACUUCUAACGCCUUUUUGAUGGACUCGCUGGCCGGUACCUGUAGAGGCGAGAAUUAUUCCUCUAACCAAGGAAUGUAUAUGCAGCCUGGGAGCGAUUUCAGCUGUGGAAUGAUGAGAAACUGUGGAAUUAUCCCGUCUCUUUCCAAAAGAGACGAGGUGAAUACCGCCAGCCUGUCUCUCAACACCUAUCCAUCUUACCUUUCUCAGCUAGACACUUGGUGUGACCCAAAAAAUACUUACAGAAUCGAACAACCUGUUGCAAGACAGCUCCCAUCCUGCUCUUUCCCAACCAAUGUCAAAGAAGAGAAUGUAUGCUGCAUGUAUAACGCUGAUAAAAGGGCGAAAAAUGCCACAGAGACAGCCCUCUACCCCAAUCAAAUGCCUGACUCUUGCCUAAAUGAUCAUGAAGUCCCUGUUCCUAGCUACUAUCGAGCCGGCCAAGGUUAUUCCUCUAUGGAGAAGACGCCAAACUGCAACAAUCCAAAUGAGUUUGAGGCAAGUUUUGACUCCAGGGCGAGUCUGAACCCAAGGAGUGAGCGUCUGGAACAACAACAAGCCCCACCGCCAGUGGCUAAAGUGAGUUUCCCCGAAAACACAAAAACAGAUAAUACCCAGAACACAUCCACCAACGAAAUUAAAACAGAAACAAGUGCCCCAGCUCCAAAAAUAAGCUCUUCGGAAGCAGAGAAAGACGUGAAUAAAAGCACUGACACCAGCACAGACAAUUCUGACAAUGAAGCAAAAGAGGAUAUAAAGGCAGAAAACACUACAGGAAAUUGGCUGACAGCAAAGAGCGGAAGAAAGAAAAGGUGUCCUUACACUAAACACCAGACGCUGGAAUUGGAGAAGGAAUUCUUAUUCAAUAUGUACUUGACCCGUGAGCGCCGCCUGGAGAUUAGUAAGAGUAUUAACCUGACAGACAGACAAGUCAAAAUCUGGUUUCAGAACCGCAGGAUGAAACUCAAGAAAAUGAACAGAGAGAACCGAAUUCGCGAACUGACUUCCAAUUUUAAUUUUACUUGA